GUGGAGAUCUGCCGUGCAGACUUAAGAAAAGAAUGGUGAAAAUCCGUCAGUGUGUCAGAGCUGUGCGUAAUAGCAAGCACAGCCAAUCUUUGGGUCACUGACGCGCACUGGACGUCUUUUAGGCAGGUUGAAUAUCCACGUUUUCACCAUGUCUUUAAACAAAAAUAUAAAUAUCAUGUUGUAAUUCUCUCUGUUGACAUAUUUGGACACAGAUGUAUUUUUAUAAGUGUAGGAAGAACACACUUUUAUCAGAGGCAUUGAUGGAAGAACAGCGGGACCUAAACAGCCCGGACAGCAGCGAGGGAGAAAGCGGUUCCCCUCUGCAGGCCGGCCCACAGAACCACAGAACAACAAACUUCUUCAUUGACAACAUUUUACGGCCGGAUUUCGGAUGCAAGAAGGAAUUCGAUCUGGGUCCGAGAGAGAAGGCACAGAGCUCUGGUCUGGAGCGGCUUCACCCGGUUCUUGGUAGACCGUUUUCCAGGACACCGGGCCUGGACUCCAGCUGCAGCAGCGACAGCACCGUUUCUGCGGCCAGUACCACGAAGUGCAGCAGCGAGAGACUGACAGCCACCGCGGGCUCUGACGAGACCAGCGAAGGGUUAAAAUACGAGGAGAAGGACGAGGAACAUUCUGCCUCCUCGCUGGUGGUGAUGAACGGGACCGGAACCGGGACCGGGACCCCCGCACCGGAGGGCCAGGCCCUGCUCUGGCCCGCUUGGGUCUACUGUACCCGGUACUCUGACAGGCCUUCUUCUGGCCCAAGGACGCGGAAAUUGAAAAAAUGUAAAAGCUGCAAAGAAGACAAGCGGCCGCGCACGGCCUUCACUGCAGAGCAGCUCCAGAGGCUGAAGACCGAGUUCCAGGUGAGCCGCUACAUCACGGAGCAGCGGCGGCUGUCUUUGGCCCGGGAGCUGAACCUCAACGAGUCUCAGAUCAAAAUCUGGUUUCAGAACAAAAGGGCCAAGAUUAAAAAGGCCAGUGGAUUUAAGAACGGGUUGGCGCUGCAGCUGAUGGCCCAGGGACUCUACAACCAUUCAACCACAACCACACAGCAGGACAAAGAGGACAGCGACUGAGAGCUGAGCUGGACCCGAACACCUCAUCCCGGGUCGGUGGGAGGGUCCAAGUGUUGGCUGCAGAGUGAAACCAGCUGCUCGUCCAGUUCAGUUACUUUUCUGAACUGGACCGAUAAAGAGGAAACAAAAGACUACCAAAGAUUUUCAACGGAAAGCUGAACGAUUUAAUCAAAGUUGGAUAUUCAACUUCAGGUUCUGCCGAAACCAGGACAAUAAUACGACCACUAGUACUACCACUAGUACUACCACUAGUACUACUACUAGUACUAGUACUACUACUGCUCCUCAAAUUGUCCACCACGGAGCAACAACAGAGGAUGUUUGGAAAAUUUAGACUCACAUUCCUUCAGCUAGGAGCCGCGGGUCUCCAGAUGUGAAGUUUGUCUGCUGCGCUUCGCCACACAGUUCUGAUUGUUGGUAAAUGAAAAAACGUAAAGUUUUGAUUAGCCCAACAAAUUUCUUCCAAGUGUAAAUGCAACGAUGAACUGCUGAAUAAAUAAGCUAAAAGAACGUCAUUAGUCCUGAGUUGUGUUGCUCUUCAAUGCUACGAGACAUUUCAGUUUUUGUAGGGCAGCAAGAGUCUCGAUAAAUGCGGUCAAAUGUUCCGUAAAUGUUGUUCGUAAGCACAAAUAUUACGAAUUAAAUAAAAAAUAUAGAAAAUGUCAUGUUUAUACGGUUUGUAAUUAAAUAUUUUUAAUAUUUUGUUUAAAACCGUUAUGUUACAAGAUAAGCGACGGUUAUUGCUAUAAACUAUUUUGUGUGAAUACACAAAUUGAAUAAUUGAAGUGGAAGUUCGGAUCAGUAGGACUGGUACUGAGAGAGAAGAGAGUCAGGAGGCAGAGGGAACGAUCUCAGGCUGCACCUUUCAAAAUAAACUCUUUUCUACCCCAUCAAAUAUUCCCACAUUGACCCCAUUGACCCCAGCGGAUGAAACUGAAAUGCUGCUGUCCCUUUAGUGGCAGGCAGCGUGGGGUCUCGGAUCAUCGGUCCUGCUGAGUGGAACUGCGGGAUUCUUGGUACAGAGGUGAACUCACACCGUGGAACUCGCCGCUGUCAGAGAUGUUGAAGCUUUGCAGAGCAUGAAAUUGUCUCGUGUUACAUUCAGCCAUUUCAUCAACAGUCAUCCAAAUUCAAGCCUGGAACACAAAUAUGCUGCAAGUUCAGGCCGAUCUCUGGCUUUUCUGCCCGGAAAAGAAAAGAAAAGCUUUUCUCACCUAACUGAAUGUCAUCAAAUCGAUUGUUCCCGUAUUUAUCUAUCUCUGUUAUUCUUGUUACGUAUUUUUUGUUGGCUACAAGCAGCUGCAAAAGACAAUUGAUAUCUAAUUAAUUAAUUAAUUAAUUAAUGAGAUUAAUGCUUGAAAAUCUUUCAUUUAAAAUUGAAAACAUUUUGUUUUGAACAUCUAAAAAAUACUUGUUUUAAUGCAAUCAAGUAUUGAUUUGAACAUAGAGCAACUUUUCCAAAGUAGACCGCGUGACAAAAAGUUAAAAAAAAAUCUUUUUUAUUAUUCCACAUCCUGUCAGUUAAACCAAAGAAAAAGGUUUAAUGUGGAGCUGAUCCGAUGGCCUGAGGGAAAACGAGAUGUGGGUUUUUCUUUUUACGUUACAGAAACUCAACGGCUGGUGAUCAACACUGAUGUAAAAACUAAAAUUAUGUUUACAUUCAGGGUAUUUAUUACAAAACUUUUCAAACUUCUUAGACAUGUGAAAUGUAAAUAUAUAACAAGAAGUUAAAUGUGACAAAGAGUUUUAGCUUUUAUGGUUGAAUAAAUAAACAUGGUUGAGCUGUAGAAGCGGCGGGUGUAGUCAAAGUCUAUUUACUUAUUAUUCGCACUUUGAAGUAUAAACUAGGAUAUAAACAUUCAGAUUUUACAUUUUCACCACUGAACCAUCCAUCCAUUUUCUAGACCGGUUUAAUCCAGGAUGAAUCUUUGUUAUGGGGCGCAGGGCUGGUGAGUCUGGGCUUCCGUCUCAUGGCGUUACAUUGUGACCGCAAUGCGUUCCCAUAUCAAACGCUAAUGUGACUGACAGAUUUCAUGAAAAGAUUUUUAAAAAACUAAUUGAAAAAGGUUAAUAGUGUCUCCUUAGCCAGAGCAGAAUGCCCGAUAGAUCAGGAGCAAAUGCAAACCAACAUUAGGAUGACAGGCAGGUCAUUAGUGCUCAGAUCGCAAGAAUAAAAAACAUGGUCGUUUGACAACAACCCGAUUCAAUGACAUGGACCAUUUUAUUGUAACUGAGAUUUAAAACCUUGCCUGGCCAAGAGGCAGAAACACAUACAACACAAAAAAUCACACAAUGGGCUUUUUAUACAGAUAAAAUAAAGGCUAAAAAUAAUAAUAAUACUAAAAGUAGAGAAGUCUGAAGUGCGACCUGGGGGCCAUUUGUGGUCCCUGUCUUCAGAUCCAGAAUGAUAAAUGUCUCACCAGCACAGAUUUUUGAUGCAGAUGGAAACAUUUUAUUAACAUUCUCGUUUUAUUUUUGAACUUUUUUCAAAAUUACAAUCAUUUACAGUUCAAAAUCAUAUCAUAAGAUAAAAUUAAGUCCUAAAAUCUCAUUAAACACCAAAUUGGGUAUUUAUAAUAAAAUUAUAGGGUUAAGAGUGUAAAAUAAUGGACAGAUGGGAUAUUAAAAAAGUUGAAUAAUUUAUACAAAGCUCGGUUUUGCUUAAUCUGCUUGAUAAAAUUAAGUUCACUUUAGUCUGACUUUCUUUUUCAUGUAACAAAAUAAAAAAGUACUUUAAACAAAGAACAGUCUUGCUUGAUAACCCUAAAUAAAUGAUGCAAACAGUUGCAUUAACUUGUUUAAGUAGGGGCAGAAUAUUCUUAUCAGUGUUCGUUAAAUAAGCUGAAAUCAAACACAAAAAUGACUAAAUCCUCAAGCACUUAUGUAGCUGUUUUCCUCAUGACAUUAGUAUAUUUUGCAAAAAAACUGAAAAUCACUAUUUUCUCAGAAAUUGAAGUACAAAAACCAUUAAAACUACUUUAAUGUCAUAAGCAUGACACACAGAGAGAGAUAGAGAUAUCGUUAGCAUCCAUCUUACCAGCACAGGCAGCUUUUGCCUGGCUGCUGUGUCAAUCAAACAUUCAUUUAUUAAAGUCCCACCAGCUAUAAUGUUUGGGAACCAAAAAUUAAAAAUAGUAUAAAACAGAAAUAGCCACACUAUAAUGACUCCAAAGCUCCAUCCAUGCAGCCAUUUGAUCAGGAAUGAGGCUACGUCCAGAGCACUGCUGCUCUUAUUCUCUAUUUUUUGGCAUUUCCAUUUGCAUAUAUGAAACUGCACCAUGACUGAGUCCUAAGUUCAUCUUCAGGACUAUCCAGCUCUGGCAUAUGAGUGUUUUUGGUUUGCUGAACAACAGUGUACAAUACAAACUACCACUGCUUUCCAUGUUUCUGUCAAGUUUGGGCAGAGAAGCAAACAAAACAAAACAAAAAAACCCACAGAAGUCAGGAACUGUUUCAAUCAAGUCAUUUCAAGUUUUAAAAAAAUGCUUUUGGUGCUUAAGUGAUUAUACUCAGCUUUAGGAAAUUACACUCACUAAAAUUGGACAAGUUAAUAAAAACAAAAAAAAUUGACUUGAAUUUGCAUAGAAUUAUAAUGUAAGGAGAACUUACUUUAUAAUAAAGUUAUAUUAGUAUGUCAUUAUAUUAUUCCAAAUGAUCAAGUUAGUCAAGUUGUGUAAACUUAAGAUGUACUGUAUAUCUUACCCAUACUAACAUUUUUGACAGACAUUUGUGUAAACUUGAUUUUCAUGAGGCAACAAGUUUGCAAACAUUUUUUAAAGUAAAGUCCACUUAUUCAUUUUACAGUGCAGUUAUUUAUUCAAUUAAGGUUUCCAAGAUUUUCCUAAGUAUACAGUAAUGUGUUCAUGUAAACUGGACUAACUUGAUGAACCUAAGUUAAGUACAAGGUAGUAUAAAUGAGAUUAUGGAUUAUGGGAUCCAUAAUCUCAUUUAUGUAAUAUGACUGUAAUUUGAUUCCACAGAUGUGUACUAUGAUGUAGACUAUGUUGACAUUUUCCAAUAACAGUUUAAUUUGAAUAAACUGCAGAAUUUUAGCAGCA